AUGGACAGGACCCCCGAACCCCCACUCUGUACACUUCUAAAGGAACUGAUUAAACGGGAAUGGGAAUUGAGGCAACCUGGCUUCCGAUUUCAUCUGCGACGAUCUCAUUCCCAGACACAGGGAGAGAGGUGGGUCCCAGCGUGCUGGGGGGCUGGGGGAGCGCUCGAAGCAGAUCUCAUUCCCAGACACAGGGAGAGAGGUGGGUCCCAGCGUGCCGGGGGGCUGGGGGAGCGCUCGAAGCAGAUCUCAUUCCCAGACACAGGGAGAGAGGUGGGUCCCAGCGUGCCGGGGGGCUGGGGGAGCGCUCGAAGCAGAUCUCAUUCCCAGACACAGGGAGAGAGGUGGGUCCCAGCGUGCCGGGGGGCUGGGGGAGCGCUCGAAGCAGAUCUCAUUCCCAGACACAGGGAGAGAGGUGGGUCCCAGCGUGCCGGGGGGCUGGGGGAGCGCUCGAAGCAGAUCUCAUUCCCAGACACAGGGAGAGAGGUGGGUCCCAGCGUGCCGGGGGGCUGGGGGAGCGCUCGGAAGCAGAUCUCAUUCCCAGACACAGGGAGAGAGGUGGGUCCCAGCGUGCCGGGGGGCUGGGGGAGCGCUCGGAGCAGAUCUCAUUCCCAGACACAGGGAGAGAGGUGGGUCCCAGCGUGCCGGGGGGCUGGGGGAGCGCUCGAAGCAGAUCUCAUUCCCAGACACAGGGAGAGAGGUGGGUCCCAGCGUGCCGGGGGGCUGGGGGAGCGCUCGGAGCAGAUCUCAUUCCCAGACACAGGGAGAGAGGUGGGUCCCAGCGUGCCGGGGGGCUGGGGGAGCGCUCGAAGCAGAUCUCAUUCCCAGACACAGGGAGAGAGGUGGGUCCCAGCGUGCCGGGGGGCUGGGGGAGCGCUCGAAGCAGAUCUCAUUCCCAGACACAGGGAGAGAGGUGGGUCCCAGCGUGCCGGGGGGCUGGGGGAGCGCUCGAAGCAGAUCUCAUUCCCAGACACAGGGAGAGAGGUGGGUCCCAGCGUGCCGGGGGGCUGGGGGAGCGCUCAGGUGCAAUGAAAGACAGACGGGCACUGCCGUGUACGGUAGCCUGCGAUUAUAAUAAACACUGUUUUAAUACCUCAGUGUGCGUUCCUAAGAGACGGCACUGCGUUGAGAAGGGGACGGGACAGGGGUAAUCUAGAGACUCGCGAGCAGUGGGCUUGGGGCACCACCAGCAGUACAACCCAUUGAGAAUACAGUGAGGGAAGGAGCAGAGACACACACAGAGGCAGACAGGCACGCACGCACACACGCACACACAGGCAGACAGGUACGCACGCACACA